AUGGUCGUGAGGCUGAGGCGGACGUGGAGUUUGUUGGCCGCCGUGUUGUCAGCGCUGGGAGUGGUGUCAGUGUUGGUAUGUGUGGUGUAUUUCCUGCUGGUAUUUCCCGUCGCCGUCGGCACCACUGUAUUGGGCUAUCAGAUACUGUUCGGCCUAUUCCUGGCGUUUGUCACCAAUUUUGUGUUUUUAUUGCCGGUCUCCACAUCCGUCUGCGCUCUCAGACGAUUGGGUCUGUCCCUAUCGUACGCCAUAAUAAUCAGCGGACUUCUGGUCAAAGUGCUAAACACGUGGCGACUAAUGGUGAUUAAAAACAACCAUGCUCAACCAUUACGACUGUCAUCGCCCACAGCACUCGUAUUUAUAUCAUCGGGUUUGGUGUUCCUACAGCUCAUUCUGACCACUAUAUGGCUGUUCACAUAUCGACCCCAACCGGCCCUCUAUGACGGCCAGUGGCGCUGUUCAGCGCACCCGACGUUCCCGUUGUUUGAC